AUGAAACACGAAGCUAACGGGAAGCAAAUGUACACAAAAAUGUCACGUUUUAAACUAAUCAUGAUAAUUCUUAUAUUAUUUUCGAUAUCGCUUCUUGUGAUUUCGUUUCAACCGUUGACAAAGGAGGAACAAAUUGAUAGAUAUAAUAAAAUGAAUGAAGAAGUAGAGCCGUUCAGACAAAAUUUGACAGAAUGCGCUCGUCAAGUAAAAGCAUCUAUGAUAGACGUGGAGCAUUUCUUAAAACGCAUUCCUCAAUCGUCGAUGCAGGGCAAAUGUUUCGUGGCUUGCAUACUUAAACGGAAUGCUAUUAUAGUAAACAAUAAAAUCUCCAGAGAUAAUCUUUUGGAGGCUAAUCGAGCUGUCUACGGCGAAGAUAGUGAAGUAAUGACGAGACUGAACACCGCUAUAGUUGAAUGCAGCGACGUUGUUGAAGGUAUAUUCGAAGUUUGUGAAUAUUCGUCAGUUUUUAACGACUGCAUGCACAUGAAGAUGGAACAUAUAUUGGAUAAAGUGACGAUGGAGAGAAGGAUGGAGGCGUUGGGUCAGAUGACGUCAGAUCCUGAUGUUUGGAGCGACCAGGACGAUGAAAUACUUAAGCUAAUUAAGGACGAGUUGUGA